AUGUUGCGUCGACGAGGAUGCUACGUGUGUGGUCAAGUGGGACAUGUGGCUGAGAAUUGCAGCUUUAAAGAUCGACGAUGCUUCAACUGUCUGGAGGCGGGACAUGAAUCGUCUGGCUGUCUCGCUCCGCGCAGUAGCGAGACCAAGCAGUGCUACAACUGCGGCGGACGCGGACACACGAAAACCGACUGCCCAUCUGUCAAUAUCCAGCAAUGUUACGCUUGUGGUGGUAAAGGCCACAUCAAAGCCAACUGUGCCACUGUCGAUAAGCAGAAAAAGUGCUUCGGUUGCGGGGGAAGAGGCCAUAUCAAGGCUGAAUGCGCUACCGCCAACAAGCCGCUGAAAUGUCGAAGGUGCGGCGAGGCCAACCACUUGGCCAAACACUGCACCGCGACCAUGCCCGCUCUCAAGCCGAAACCCUGCUACACUUGCAACCAGUCCGGCCACAUCGCAAAGCACUGUCCACACGCCAGCAGGAUCCCUACGGAUCCCAUCCCAAACGCCUCCGCCACGCUCACUGCCUAA